GGAAAUGUACCUAAAAUGGUCCUCGCUGCAGCCGUCUGCUUCAUGUAUCUCAGCAUCAUGAAGGGAUUACCCACCCUGCUGCUGCUGUGCUCAACGGCUCUGCUCUGCAGCGCUGCUCUAGCUGUGGAGCCGGUGACCUGCAGCGAAGAUGGAGGUGCUGCGGCGGCACGGAUGGCUGCACAUCACAUCGACGAGAAACACGACCAUGGCUACAAGUUCAAGCUGAGUGAGAUCAAAGGCAACAAAGUGGAAAAGGUCGAUGACGGCUGUGAAAUCGAGCUGCAGUUGGACCUUAUGGAGACAACGUGCCACAACAUCAACCCGAAGCACUUUGAGGACUGUAUGAUCCGCAGAGAGACUCAACGGGCGGUGAUGGCCAACUGCUCCGUUAGGAUAAGUGUGAGAAUUGGUGACGCCAGAGUCCGAAAUUACCAUUGUGACACGCGACAAGUGGUAACGAACAGUGAGAUGAUGAUGAUCUGCCCUGACUGCCCCAGUCUGAUCUCACUUCAUGACCCUGAUGGUAUGAAGUCUGUUAAAGAAGCUGUGCAGAGAGUCAACGAGAACACCACCAACCAGAACUACUUCAUCCUGAAGGACGUGGGACGGAUUAAAAUCGUGUGGAUGAUGACGACGGGGUCGAACUACUGGGCUCAGAUUGCCCUGGUGGAGUCCCAUUGCCCAAUGGGAUCCAGAAUCCUUCCUGAGGCAUGCAAACCCCUCUGCCCUGAUCGAGCUCGCCAUGCUUACUGCCGUUCAUCUUACUCCAAAUCCAAGGGACUCAGGUCUGUUGAGUGCGAAUACUACCCUCCAAUGAACUCUACUGCCCUCGGCGAUGGUGAGCGGGAGCCCAUAUGUAGGCCCGAAGAUACUGUGGGGCUUCCUCCUCCCCUGCUGGUGGUUUUGGUGGUCCUCCUCCCCCUCGUCAUAUGCCCCCAUUCCACUCAUUCCACUGCCAUGGAUCGGACGCAGCUAUCCACCCCAUUUGCCCCUGGCCCCGUCCUGAGCCCCGCCUAAACCCAAGAGAAGAGGCCUGAGAUACACACAAGGAAAUCAUGUGUUUGUUACUGAAGACUUGUACAACAGUCUUCAAUGUAAUAUGUGGAAAAUAGAAAGUCUUUAAACAUAUUACAAAUUACAAUACUCACAAUACUCACCCCACAUGAAGCGUGGUGUUAAUAAGUGCAGUCUUCCUCACUGUCCUCCUCAGUGUCUCCUUCACUGUCCUCUAUUUACACUUCUUGCAUGCUAGAUGAUGAAGAUGAUGAAUAGCGUAUUACAAUGACUCCAGUUGUUUUAAUGUUGUUGUACUGGUAUGUGACCAGGUUGUUAAACAGUAGGUGAUGUGUGAGAGAACCAUAGUGUGUGUACAUCAGAGAUGCCUCAAUUGACAUGUAAUCUCUGGUGAACCUAAAAUUCGACAGACUGAAUUUGACCCCAUUACAUACUUUUUUGAAUUUGAGUGUUGAAUCAAUCAUGACUCCAAGGUACUGUGUAGCCUGCAACCUCUCCCCUGAUACAAAAACAUCUGGCUCAACACAAGAGGACUUUGUUUUGGUGAAGAAGAUGCAUACUGUUUUACAAAUAUGUAUUUGCAAACAGCAUUGUUCCAACCAAGUUGUUACAUGAACCAUGGUGUUUGUCAGUUCAUUAGCCACUUGUGUCACAUUGCUUCCAUGUACAUAUAUUACAGUGUCAUUUGCAUACA